AUGGUUCGCAUUUAUCUCGGAAAACUUCCGUACCAUGCGCGUGAGCGCGACAUCGAAAAAUUUCUGAAAGGAUAUGGUCGAAUCACAAAUAUCUCGAUGAAAUACGGAUUCGCUUUCGUCGAUUUUGAAGAUCGCCGGGAUGCUGAAGACGCCUGUCAUGAUCUUCACGGAAAAUGUAUGGGCGAAAGAAUUGUGGUGGAAUUGGCAAAAGGAAGACCGCGAGGAAGCGAUGCCUACAAAGAUAGAUCGCCAAGAGAUAGACGUCGCCGUUCGCGCAGUCGGUCGAGAGAUAGAAGACGAUCUCGAAGCCGUUCGCGUGAUCGUAAGCAUACGCGUAGAUCCAGAACCCGCUCGAGGAGCCCAUCGCGUUCCAGAAGACGUAGUCCGUCGCGAAGCCCGAGCCCUGAUGAUAGAAGAGAACCAAGUCGCUCCAGAAGUCGAUCGAGAUCGCCGACGCCUGCCCGUGACCGAUCGGAAGAGAGAUCGCGCAGCCCAACACCGGAAAAGAAUGGUAGAAGCGAUCACAGCAGAAGCCGUAGUCGUAGCGGCAGCCGUGGAAGAAGAAGCCCAUCGGGAUCACGCUCACCAUCGCCACGCUAA